AUGGCGGCUCAAACGCAAGCUUUUGGAAUACAGUGUAAUUUUUUUUAUUUCUACUUUCUAGGAAAAGCUGUUGUUGAUUUGUCAUCUUUGCCUUUACAAGUUUUGUUGCAUUUGAAUGUUUGGUAUUUCAUUGUCUUUUGGAUUGCUGAAUUAUUGAUAUAUGCAUACAAAGGUGUUAUUCUACCUUUUCCAAAUGAAGGUUCAACACUUGCUUUGGAAAUCAUAUUAAUGUUUCUUUUCGCUUUCAUUGAAGCUGUUCGAUUAUUCUUUGGUUAUAAAGGAAAUUUGGCUGAAAGGAAGUUAGCUUUGAUCUUUUCCAUUGUACUCACCAUUCCUGUUUUGUUUCUUGCAUUGUUUUUAAUGCUCUGGCAAACCUAUGUAUUGAGAAUAGAGUUUAUUUUAUGCUCUAUUCUACUUGUAUUUUGUGGCCUUGAAUUUUUCAUCAGCUUGGCAACAUUCUUUGUUUUUCAAAGACAUGAAUCAUUCGUAGCCAGAUAGCAACAUCGAAAAAUUUGGCACUGUAGUAACACUACCGUUAGUACUGUAGGGGGACGUUCACAUCGGGAAUAUAUCGUCAUGCUUCGUGUUUCAGCAAGAUUACAUCGUCGCUAUUGCUAAUCGAUAAUCUCAUGGAUUUAAACUGUCAAACAAAGAUAUAAUGGUAUAACAACACCAUUAUUAGAACGUACUUUCUUCUCACCAGUUUUAACACCUUUAUACCAUCUAUGAUCAAUACAAUACAAAGAAGCCACGGAUCUCCACCACCGGCACCGUCUAAGCACCCCCUAAUCCUUCGACAUGUCCGGCCAAGGUGUUAGCCAGGAUUUCGAAAGUGGCCGUCCAAACUAAUUUUGUGGGUGUGGUAACAUGUUUUUGGGGAUUGACAUUGUUUUACACAAAAACAGUUUAACUAAGCUGUGUUGCCAAAUGUACACAGUAAUUUCCUAACAGGCAAGAUCGUAACGCCUCAUACUUAAGUGUAUUUGUACAUAGUUUUAGUAUUUGUGCCAUAAAAUAAUUUAUUAUUGUAACAUAUUUCAUGCGUUCGCAAUAAUAUACUCAACUACCCUUUCUAUUACUACCUAACUACUCUAUUUCAUACCCCGCUGUAAUGUGCCAAGGUGGGCCAAUAAUCCGAGCCAG